AUGUUUAAAUAGCGUUAAGAUUUUUGUAAGGUUGUUGCCAAUGAUUUCUUGGGAGGACCUAAAAUAAUCAAAUAAUGUCAUAGAAUUAAUAUUCAAAAAGGAUUAGCAGCUGUUUUGUUGUUUUCCUCAUUUGGUGGUAUUAAAACUUUUCUUUAGGUGCUUAUCUCUAUGUAAUCAUAUGGGUUGUAAAAGAUUUCACAUUUCCAGAUAGAACUUCCAGAAUAAAAUUACGAUUGGCUCAUUAAUAUUUACGUUGAUAUUGUUAAGCUUAUAUUAGGUAAUUGCCUGGUUAGAAAUAUCAGAUGGAAUUCCAAAUCCAAGCAAUGGAAGAGUAGUUACUGCUAUUUUUGCUUAUGUUUCUGGAGUUGUAUUAAUGAUUGUGAGUGAUUGCUAAAAAUACUAUACAUUAAAAUAUAAAUAAGGUUUAAUUAUGGAAGGAAUGUUUAAAUAUGGUAAGAAUCCUAAUUAUACAGGUGAAAAUUAUUAUAUGCAUCGUUUGCAAUCCUUAGUGGACAUGUAUUAGCUUACAAAAUAUUAUUCAGAGUCUGGAUAAUUGCAUUCUAUGGAUUUAUGAUAAAGAAAGAUAUUUCCUUUGCCAAAAAAUAAGGUUUGGAACUAAUAUUAAAAGUAAUCUUAUUUAUUCUUAUGGAAAAUUCAUUAAAAUGAUAAUAAAUUAUGAAUCAUAUCGGGCAUUAGUAACAUAUUUGAUAUGGGAUAUUACUAAGUAAGUGG